GUGUGUAGUCCACAGGAAGGAGCGUUAGGAUAGAAGUAAAUAGAAGGGCGGGCAGGAGCGAGGAGGAGGGUUUGGCCAACCUUAAAGGUCUUUUUACACAAACAAUCCCAGCCAAUUGAGAGGGCGAGGUGCGUCGUUGCCGAGUGUUUGUUCCCGUUUCAUGAGGUUGAGCGUGGGGGAGGCUUUCUUCCGCUGGGUGUCGGCCUUCUUUUUGUCGCGAUAUCUGUAGCCAUUGGCAGCAACAGAGGCGUUCUUGGGAACAAUGACUUCAAUGAUAUGAAUUAUUCACUGUCAAGCAACAACAGGAAUCGCAUUUUUGAUCAUCCAUCAAGGCCUCAGACAUUUGGGCUGCAUGCAUGCGGGCAUACUUCAACUAUCGUUUCAUACUACUACUAAAACUGUUACUUGUAUUGAUCUCCCAGCCUUGGAAAGUGCUCGAGUGUGGAGUGUUUGACAGUCCUUUUUACGUGCCCUUAGGUCAUGUGGUAGAUAAGUUGAAGUCCGACAAUCUUUCAUUUAUCUCGUCUUUGACGUCAAAAAAAAACUUGGAAGGCCGUCCCGUUGUGUUCGUAGACGAGUGACGAGAAAGCACGGCCUUCAUUAUUUAUGGAGUAAUCAAGGCCACUUGUACCCUCCCAGUAAUCGGAUCCCAUGACAUGAGAAUGGACAGUGCGUCGUUAUAUUCCAUAGAAAGGGAAUAUCCAGGUCUGUUCAUCGCGACUUGAGAGUCCAUUUCCAAGACAAUGCCAGAAGUACUUUUGGGGCCUGCUUUUCGCCAUGCCCUAUUCGUAUUCAUUUUCUUGUUCUGGAUAUUGCUCUUCGGAUACUUUGCCGGAUCCAUCCGAUUUCAAGAGACCUUCGUCGACACCGUCAAUCCUUGGACGGAGUAUGGAGUGUUGGCCACGUGUUUCAAUGUGGUUUUAAGGCUCAUGGCCUUCUUGGCCGUGCCACAAACGUUGUUCAAUUUUAUGGGGUUCAUCAAAUACCCGUCCUUUCCGGAGAAAAUCGUGCUUAAAAGCUCGCCACUUUUGGCUCCAUUUGUGUGUGUUCGGGUGGUGACCCGAGGGCUUUAUCCAAAUCUAGUCAAGGAGACUGUGAGAAGAAAUCUCGAAACCCUGAGUAAUGUGGGGGUGGAAAACUAUGUGGUUCAAGUCGUUACAGACAUCAAAAUUAACCUGAAUGAAACUAAGCGCCUUCAAGAGAUCUUGGUCCCCUCGUCGUACACAACGAAAUCAGGGGCUCUAAAUAAGUCCAGAGCGCUACAAUACUGUCUCGAAGACGAUGUGAAUAUCCUUGGUGAUGAUGACUGGAUCAUCCACUUGGACGAGGAAACUCUUCUCACCGAGAGCUCGGUCAAGGGCAUACUGAACUUCAUCAAUGAGGGGAAGCAUGACUUUGGCCAAGGUCUCAUUACAUACGCCAGCACGCCGGUUCAUUUCCGAUCGUGGUGGAAGUCUUUUCAGAAUCGGAUCUGCACAGUUGCCGAUAGCUUCAGAGUGGCUGAUGACCUUGGAAAAAUUCGCUUUCAAUUCAAAACCUUUCACGCGCCAAUCUUUGGGUGGAAAGGGUCAUAUGUUGUAACCAAGCUUGGAGCCGAAAGAAAAAUAACUUUUGAUAAUGGACCAGAGGGCUCCAAGGCCGAGGACGCUUUCUUUGCCAUGUUGGCCAUGGAUGCUGGCCUUACAUUUGAUUUUAUAGAAGGGGAAAUGCACGAAAAAUCGCCUUUCACCUUCUCAGAUUUCUUCAAACAACGUAAGCGUUGGAUGCAAGGUAUAUACAUGGUGGUUGCCUCCCCGUUGAUAACAUGGGCCACCAAGGGUCUCUUGGCCAUGUCUUUGGUGUCGUGGCUCACCCUGCCAUUGUCCACUUUGGCCAAUUUAGUGCUAGUCAACUACUACCCAUUCAGCAUGGGCGUGGUCCUAGAUUUCCUGCUGGGAUUGGUGGGUGCUAUAGGCUUCUUUAUGUAUGGAUUUGGCUACGUCCGCCAACACCCUAUUCAAAGAUAUUCGUGGAUCCGAUUACUUUUGGUGGUGCCCGAGAUCGUGAUAUCCUCCGGGGUCAGUAUUAUCGCCGAGAAUUGCGCCGUUUGCACCAUGUGGGUGGGGGAUUGGUACGAUUUUUACAUCGUGGACAAAGAGCUCGAAGAAUUUGAAGAGAUCGAAGAAUCUCAAGUGAAACCGCAAGGGCGAUUGAUUGAAACUGUUUAGUUUUUUAUUUUUAUUUUUUUUAUAUUAAUACUCUACAUCUUCUUGCUUGCCUCAAAUUGAGCUGCACUUCUGAUUGCCUUGUCACGCCUAAUCAAGGCCGAAUCUUGGCAUAGAAACAAUCUGAGAUCAUUGUGAGUACUUUUCUACAUGAAGAAACUUAAGAAAACGCUUCACUCCAAAUAUUGCCCACAACACAUUUUCCAUAAGAGAACUAGAAAAAUUUAUAUCAUAACCCCGUUACAGUUAGUCGUUUUCUGACUUUCUUAAGGAGUAUUUCCUUAUCGCUUAUCGGCAUUCAAUUUCUUGAUGUCAAAAGGUAUUCACACUUAUCUCAAAUUAUUUUAAAACUAGGUAAUCGGCCUUGAAAUGAGGUGUUAUUUCUUGUGAUAUGCUCAAAAAAGCGCGCCAAAAAUCGCUUUUCGUUUGAUGAUUGUGCCUGUUCAGUGUUGCCACCAAAUGCCCUCCUUAAUUCAGACCAGGAAUGCCAAAAUUGAAAAGAGAAUGCCGCCCAUUGAUGUCGCUGUUACGCCAAGUAGACUUUGUGCAUAGCGCUAUGUGAUAGAAACCGCGCGUUAGAUUAAGAUUAAAUCAAUCAAACCAUGAAUGAAGUAAAAGCAUGACUCGAUGUGCUCGAGAAGACCGUCUCCUUUUUUCAAGCCUUUGGUUUCGACGACUCUUGUCAGAUAUUGAUAUGUGGCUUGAAUUUUUGUUCAACAAACUGAUGAAAAAUUGACACGAUCCAUUGCCCAAAAACGUUCAUUUUGAGACCGCGACUAUUUGAGUUUGCGUCACAUUUAAUGCUGUUUUCAGACCCACGACAAACACAGUAAAACUGGUUCUGGAAGGAUAUUUUACGCCAUACUGGAAUUCUCGUUUGAAUCUCACACCGUCUAUGCAUUUAUGUUCUAAAAAGUAACAUUUGCGUGGCUUGGUUCCUUUUAAGAUUUAUUGUGCCAUUUUCACCUAUUCAAUAAAGAAAAAAGCCAAAUGAA